GCAUGGCUGCCCACUGCGCAUGCGCAGAGCCCGGUGUCCGGUGUCAGACUGACAGCAGCUGUUGAGAACGUGCACACGGGGACCGUAGCUGAAGGAAACACACCGAGAAUAACCGAGUGGACCCGGUACUGACCCGGGACAGACCCGAUACUGACCCAGGAUAGACGGACAGAACCUGAUGAUGCUAACAGACCAACAGACCGUCAGCUGUUUUGUCUCGGGUUAAGGGCUAACUGACAGGCAGGCCACGCCGCACGCACUGACCCUUUCCGACCCGGGAUAGAUUCUGGAGCAUCUGACCCGCCUACAGCCGGACCUCUCUCCCGGGGUUGCAGCCCGGUGUCUGGAGGAUAUCAGCUGGCUAACGGAGGCUAAAGCUAGCCGUCACAGAACCUUCAGACCAGUCGGGAUAGUUCGCUCUGAUCCGGCUGGGUUCGUGGACCGGAAGCCAGGAUGUUGAUAGCAGCCGUCGGAGCAGGAAGCGGAAACGCCGCCACCACAGGCAAGAAACACCGCCGCAGAGGAAAGAAAAACCGGAGAGUCCGAACAGAUGAGAACCGGCCUGAUGACCUCUGUGACCUUCAGAAUCUAAACAACAACAGAAGCCCCCCACCAAUAUUACCCACCUAUGCGCCAAACACCCAUAGGAGUCCUCCAGAGUCCACUCAUCUACUCCCCCAGAGUCCUCCAGAGUCCACUCAUCUACUCCCCCAGAGUCCUCCAGAGUCCACCCAUCUACUCCCCCAGAGUCCUCCAGAACCCAUCCAUCUGCCCCCCCAGAGUCCUCCAGAACCCACCCAUCUGCCCCCCCAGAGUCCGCCAGAACCCACCCAUCUGCCCCCCCAGAGUCCUCCAAAACCCACCCAUCGGCCCUCCAGGAGUCACCUAGAGCCCACCCAUCUGCCCCCCCAGAGUCCUCUAGAGACGUCGGCAGGAAGCUCAGCUGCAUGUACACAAGGUGUCCAAGAGUCCACCAAAGCUAUCCAAAAAAACCUGCCCAAUACCAGGUCACCCACUGAAACCCCUCCACUUCCCCCCCAGAGUGUCCACAGAACCCCAACCCAGCCCCUUCUGAACCCCCCCAACAUCAAGACCUCCUUUAAGGAUAUGGCAGAUACCCCUAGAGCCACCCUGAGAGACCCUGUGGUCAGCCAAUCACCUCCCUCCACAUCUCUAGACCCCGACCACAAUCCCAACCAAUCACCGCCCUCCUCAUCUCUAAAACCCUCCCAGAGUUCCUGCAAAUUACAGCCGAACACUAAUAGCCAGAAUUCCUUUGACUUACCUCAAAGAACCUAUCAGAGUCUCACUCGAACUGACAGCCAAUCGGAUCUCUCAAUAUCACCCCCAGCCUUACCGCUCAGUAUUACCAACAAUCACUCCAAACUACCAUCAACCCUACAUCCUGUGAAAGCUCCUCCCACACCUCCAUUAAGCCCCUCCCCCUUUCUGUUGCCCUCAGUGACCUUCACCUCCAGUGCCUCCUCCCACCCUUUCUCCCCCGCCUCCUCGUCCUCCUUCCUUUACUCCCUCGACUCUCUUGCGCCUCCCGUUGGUCUCCUUCCCAUGAUUUCAUCGGCCACCCCUCAGCUGACCACGCCCCCUCCACCAUUUAGUCCACCCCCUCCUGAGUUAACCCCGCCCCCUGUACAGUUGCUGGGCUCUGAUGAUGAAGAGCAGGAAGACCCGUCUGAUUACUGUAAAGGUGGAUACUACCCGGUGAAGAUCGGUGACCUGUUCAACGGGAGGUACCACGUGGUCCGCAAACUGGGCUGGGGACAUUUUUCUACAGUGUGGCUCUGCUGGGACCUUCAGAGGAAGCGUUUUGUGGCGUUGAAGGUGGUGAAGAGCGCUCCUCACUACACAGAGACGGCGCUGGACGAGAUCAAGCUGCUGCGAUGUGUGAGAGACAGUGACCCGUCUGACCCCUUCAGAGAAACCAUCGUCCAGCUGAUCGACGACUUCAAGAUCUCUGGAGUGAAUGGAGUCCAUGUGUGUAUGGUGUUGGAGGUUUUGGGUCAUCAGUUGUUAAAGUGGAUCAUCAAGUCGAACUACAUGGGGCUGCCUCUGGUCUGUGUGAAGAGCAUCAUCAAACAGGUCUUACAGGGUCUGGACUACCUCCACACUAAGUGUAAGAUCAUCCACACUGACAUCAAACCAGAGAACAUCUUAUUGGACGUUGACGAGGUCUACAUCAGACGACUGGCAGCUGAGGCAACUGUCUGGCAGAGAGCUGGAGCCCCGCCCCCUUCUGGGUCAUCAGUUAGCAUGGCUCCCAGGGAUCAUCAGAUGGGUAAGCUGUCUAAAAACAAGAAGAAGAAGUUAAAGAGGAAGGCGAAGCGUCAGCAGAGGCUGCUGGAUGAGAGACUGGUCGACAUACAGAGGUUGGAUGAUGGCGAGGGUGUGCCUCAUCCUGACGACACCGACAGUAACUCAAACACUAAAGGGAGCCCGGAGUCUACCUGUUCCUGGCUGGAGGACAGGUGUAAUGGCCACGCCCCCGGACGGUUCUCCAGCCCUGCAUCCGGCCUAUCGGGGUUCUCCAGCUCUGUGAUGUCGGCAACAUCCGAGUCAGCACUUUCUACCCAAUCAGGAUGCUCAAGUGGACAAGACGUCUUCAGUGCGUCAGACUUCGUCCUCAGUCCGUUGGAUCCUCUGAAUGCUCACAAGCUCAAAGUGAAGAUCGCUGACCUCGGAAACGCCUGCUGGGUGCACAAACACUUCACAGAGGACAUUCAGACUCGUCAGUAUCGAGCUGUGGAGGUUCUGAUUGGAGCAGAGUAUGGAACUCCUGCUGACAUCUGGAGCACUGCCUGCAUGGCGUUCGAGCUGGCGACAGGUGAUUACCUGUUUGAACCUCAUUCAGGAGAAGAUUACACCCGAGAUGAAGAUCACAUCGCUCACAUCAUGGAGCUGCUCGGCCCGAUUCCUCUGCCCUUCGCUCUGUCUGGCAGGUACUCCAGAGAGUAUUUCAACAGGAGAGGUGAGACUGUGUGUGAGCUGCGGCACAUCUCCAGCCUGAAGCCGUGGGGUCUGUUUGAAGUCUUGUUGGAGAAAUACGAGUGGCCGUUGGAUCAGGCGGCUCAAUUCAGUGACUUCCUGAUGACCAUGUUGGAGCUGCAGCCUGACCGCCGAGCGACGGCCGCGCAGUGUUUGCAGCACGCCUGGCUGCACACAUAAACACAGGCAAACACACAAACACACAAUACACAAAAACACACACACUUUGUCCGGGAGCGUUUGGAGUGUUUCACUUUAUAUUCAGAGGGAAACGAACACAACUGUCUGAGCUGAUUCUUACACUGACCUUCUGACCUCUGGCUGAAUCCAAACGUCUGAUUCUGACGAUGCGUUCACUGUCAUCCCGUUAAGCAGAUAUAAAGCUGGGUUUGUUACAUUGAAGGUUCAGAUGUUUAUUAUUAACGCUCCUUUUAAUGUCACCCUGUACCGUUGUAUCAUUGCAGUUUCUUUAUUGAGAAGUGACUCUGAGUUCUGAUCCUGUAAAUGUUAAAGAGCGCUCCUCUUCAGGUGUUGUUUGGAUUCAGCCUGAGCUCUGUUUUCUGUUCUUCACAGUUCAGCUUCUUUCUCAAACUUUUCUCGUCUUGUUUCUUUUUUUCCGACUCUUGUUGAUUUAUUUUCUCGAGUUAAUUUGAACUUCACUUCUCGCUGUUUAUGAAAGUUAUUGGUUACUGAUCAGAGACUCCUGAACGCCUGUGAUGAUGAAAGUCAGCUUUGGAUUGGACGUAAACACUGUAGCUUCCUGUUAGCACCUGAACCUCUCAGUUACUGAUGACAGUAUUUUUCUCCGGAGGGGCGUGGUCCUAGGAUGACCUCUGACCUCCUCACCUGUAUUCAUGUAAUAAAUAGUGCCUUGAAAUAACCUCUGACCCCCCCCCCCCACCGCCUACCCCGCUUCCCUGUAUCGAUGACAUCAGCAGUGACAUCACCAGAGACAAAUUUUUUUUCUACGUGUCUGUCAGUGUGAAAUGUCUUCCGUCAAAAUAAAAAUUUCUGAAUUUUGA